AUGGUCGAGGCAGUUACUUCAUGCCAACCCUUGUUCGUUCUUGGUAGUGGUAUGCGCUUUCGGCCAGAAAAAUUGAAGGUGAAGCUGAAGAAGGACAACCGUUGCCAUUAUGCGAAAGCGGUAUUGAAUUCCAAACAGCAGCCGAAAAAGGAUCAUAAGAAGCCUCUAACUGUGAACCUCAGUACCACUAUUGAUGCACAUCUGUAUGAGUCUCCUGAGGUUUCAUUUGAUCAAUAUAUGGAGGAUCAACAAAGGGUUGUUAAAGCUAUUUUUCCAGGCAUAAAAGAUCAGCAACUUAAAAAGAAAGAGUGGAGGAUUCAAAUGCCAACCAUGCAAUUCUUGUUCCUGUCUAUCUACUUUGCAUUCUACAUCAAGUUAAGAUACAAAUCCGUGGGAAAAGACUACCCUCCUCAUGUUCCUCAUCACAUUCCCAAGAUCAUUGAGCUUGAACUUACAAGAUGGGAACUUGGGGGGAUAUCUGAGGAGUACCUGCCACGUGACUUAAGCGUCUCCCUCAAAGGAACCAUAUAUCCUGAUAGAGAGCAAGGAACACAAAGCAGGCUUAGAAGCCACUUUGACAUGAACUUGAGCUUCAUUCCAUCACCUCUACUUGGUUGGCUUCCUCAGAGUGUUAUGCAGGGCCUAAUAGAAGCGCUGGUUAAGAAAGCCAUGGUGGAUUCGACAUCAAAUGCCAGAUUGCUUGAAGACUAUAACGAAUUCAAGGCGGAGAAACUCAAGAAAGUUUAG